AAAGUAGUUACCCGUGGCCUCUCUUUACGGUAACUCCCUCACAGUCAGAGACCUUGACAUAUAAAUCAUGCCAGAUUCCCAAACCGUAACCGUCUUUGAUGCUUUCACACCGGAGGCGACUACCGGCGACUUUAGGCAGCCGUGAAUCCAGCAGAGCCGCCGACAUGUUGCCGGAAUCCGUAGCACUCUUCCGGCGGUUCCUCUUCUUCCUCACCGUGUUUCUAUCGUGCUUGCUCCUCUACAAAAACUCCGAUACCCUCCGCCUUCUGCAUCACUUCUCUUCUUAUCCCUCUGCUUCCUUCACCGCCUUCAAUUCCUCGCCGGUCAGUGAGGAACGAGGGAUUGAAGAGGUUUUGAAGGAUGCUGCUAUGGAAGACGGGACGGUGAUCUUGACGACGUUAAAUGAAGCAUGGGCGGCUCCAAAUUCGAUCAUUGAUCUCUUCCUUGAGAGCUUUAGGAAUGGAGUUGGCACUCAUAGGCUCUUGAAUCAUUUGGUUAUCGUUGCCUUGGACCAAAAGGCAUAUCAGCGUUGUUUGGAGGUACAUACUCAUUGCUUUGCUCUUCUUACUGAGGGAGUAGAUUUUCAUAAGGAGGCAUACUUCAUGACCCCCCAGUACUUGAAGAUGAUGUGGGCAAGGAUUGAUUUUCUCCGCUCUGUUCUUGAGAUGGGCUACAAUUUUGUCUUCACGGAUGCUGAUGUUAUGUGGUUCAGGAAUCCUUUUCCACGGUUUUAUUCGGAUGCAGAUUUUCAGAUUGCUUGCGAUCAUUUCUUAGGCAGCUCCGAUGAUUUGCAGAACAGACCUAAUGGAGGCUUCAACUAUGUGAAGUCCAAUAACCGGUCAAUAGAGUUCUACAAAUAUUGGUAUUCUUCUCGUGAAACCUACCCUGGAUACCAUGAUCAGGAUGUUCUCAAUAUGAUCAAGUUUGAUCCCUCCACUGUUAAUAUUGGACUGAAAAUGAAAUUUCUGGACACUGCUUAUUUUGGUGGAUUUUGUGAACCUAGUAGAGAUUUGAAUCAAGUUUGCACGAUGCAUGCAAAUUGUUGUUUUGGUCUAGAUAGCAAGCUUCAUGACCUUAGAAUUAUGGUUCAGGACUGGAAGGAGUUUCUGUCCUUGCCACCAAGUUUGAAGAGAACUUUGAUAUUUCCAUGGGCGGUUCCGCAGAAUUGCAGCCUUGAUUCUCUCCGUCGCUAUGAUGUACCGGAGAGUGACCCUCAACAUGGUUUGCAAGAAUGAAUUGAGAUGUACAUAGGUCUCGAGGCUUUUCCUCACAGGUAGUAUCCAGUUUUGAAUCCAAGGACCUCUAUGUUUCCACAGGUCUUCAAUCAUCGGAAGAUUUGGAAGGUGGUUCAGAGAGAACAGAGAAUUGAUCAUAAACCAUACAUUUUCUGUGCGUGGGAAAUAUUAUGGUCAGAAGUCAGAACAGAAUAUAUGCAUAGUAUUUGGGAUGAAGAACCAUCUAGACUUUACACUUGUCGUGGUCGGUAAUUAUUGAUUAAACGGAGUUCAGA